CAACAAAUCAUAGGUUCUCAUACCUGUUUAGCCGAUGCGAGUCAACGUUGGACCAAAUCAACGAAUCUGGCCCAUUUAGUGCUCAUCACUGCAUUACUUAACAAUGAUGACUCUUAGAUAGUACAUGUGUAGUACAGCCACCGUGAAGCCACGUGGAUGAAUCCAUUUGUGAGUGUUAAAAAACAAUAGACCAUUGGGCUCUCUUUAAAUUUCUGGAAUCUCUAUAAAGAGAGAUCCCAACCCGACAACACCAAUACACCAACACCAAUAAGACUAGCCAAAGAAAACAAUAAGAACAAAUAAAAAAAGAUGAAGUGUUUGAUCUGUCUCUCUCUUAUCCUCCUCCCUCUCAUCUCCGUCGUGGAAGGUAAUCUUGGUGGCUGGACGCCGAUCAAGGAUUUAUCUGAUCCCAACAUCCAAGCGGUAGCCAAGUAUGCGGUCGAUGAGCAUAACAAGCAAAUUACGGGGAAUCUUGUGUUCGUGAAGAUCCUCAAGGGAAAGGAGCAAGUGGUUGCCGGGAAGACGUACAGUCUCACCAUCGCGGCAAAGAAUGGAGGUGCUGGGACAAAGAACUACGAGGCUGUCGUGGUUGAAACGAUGAGGAGUCAUCACUUCGGCCUGCAGUCAUUCAAGGCCUUAUAGAUCUAAGUUCAAUUUUUGUAAAAAAAAUCGACAUGGAUCGUAUAUAUUAUAAUAUUAAUAUUUAUAGGUUUCGAUGAUUUGAGAUUUUGAAAUUGUGUGUCCUUGUUUGUUUUCUUUUGAAUAAAAACUAAAUUAUAGAUA